AUGACGCAGCAGGCGGCCGUGACCACAGAAACUUCAAGGACGAGAGAAAAGUGGGAGAAAAGUGGGAGAAAAGUGAGAUGCGAGAACGAGAGACGCUGCCGGAGGUUUGAGGCGGGUGAAGGAGGAGGCGUAAACCGACCAGCUUCUGUUUGCUUCUCCACCAGCUUCACCUUCUCCCAUCUGGUCCUCAUCAUUCUCCCCCCGACUCCUUCCCCCAGACACCUCCCCCUGACACCUCCUCCUGGUCUCCGGGCUUUAAUGGAUACGAGUAAAUCUCAGGGCUGCUUCCUGACGUCCAGACUCUCUCAGAGACGAAUGGUUGGUCUGACUCAGCCUCUCCGCUCGCACGGGCUCAUUACCCUCGCGCAUGCUAGCUAG